AUGGAUGUAAUAAGCCCGCUACAAGUACCCUCUGAUGCUGGGGUCAGCCCCUCAUCGUGGGUGACUGCCAACCGCAACAAUGAUCUCGUGGAAAGCGCGACGACCUCGGCAACGACGCCCUCAAAUGCUGGGUCGAAUGACCCGCGAUCACCGCCGGCCAAGCGCCGUAGAGAAGAAAGAGAAAGGACCAGGGUUAGCAGAGCGUGUGAUAGAUGUAAGAAAAAGAAGACGCGGUGCACGGGUCGAUGUCCAUGUACCCUCUGUCUACGCGCUGGUCUAUCUUGUGAAUACACCGCACAGUACACUCGCGGAAGACUGCCAUCAGUCAUGGUUGACGAGGCUGCUAUGACGGCAGCUUCCAAAGCAGGCAACACGAUGCUAAACACCGUGCCCGUUGAGGAUAAUCCACUCCGCGAUUUACCUUCCUUUCAGUAUGCAGGGAAUGGCCUCAGCACGCCCUCGGCGCAUGAUCGCCCAAUUCUGGAGAGAGUGAACCGAGUGAAUGGCAACCAUGAGGACUCCAACCGUGACCCUCCAUCGAGGACUUCUCCAGAGCCAGCACAGGCGCAAACAGACUCGCAAGGACACUAUGUUGGCUCUUCGUCUGGCGUAUCGUUUCUGAUCCGCAUACAGAAACGACUGCACCAGAACACGCCCACACCCCAGGACUCGUCCAUAUUUGCGUGGGGGGAUUCGCCGUUGCCGGAAUUCGACCCCACCUUCUUCGUGCUGCCUCCCAAACCCGAUGCACAGCGGCUGGUGGAGAGGUACUUUGAUUACGCAGCCCCAACACACCGCUUUAUACAUCGACCUACUAUCGAGAGGUGGGUUCAUGAGUUUUACGAGACGCGGGGUGACAUGCACGCAAAGGAAGACGCAGCCGCGAAGACAGCCUUGCUGCUCAUAGUGUUUGCUCAAGCGCAAGCAUACAUGCCACCUGGUAGCACGACACGGGAGAACAGUGCACGCUACUUCUUCGCGGCCGAGCAUCAACUCUCCAAAGAGCGAGGUGCUGUCCGUCUGGCAAGUGUCCAAGCACGACUUUUGCAAUGCUUUUACCUACUCACACAAUCACGCAUCAACCACUGUUGGUCUCUUUUCGGGACAACUGCGCAUCUGGCGCUUGCCAUCGGACUGAACCGCGGGAGAAGAUAUGAUCCCUCGGGUACUGUUGAUUACGUGGAGCUAGAAAGCCGGAGACGAACGUUCUGGGUUGCGUACUCGCUGGACAAGUAUCUUUCAGCGGCUCUAGGACGACCACGAACGUACAAGGACGAAGACAUCGACCAGGAGCUACCCACUGUCGUCAACGACUCGGAUCUGCACCCGCAAUACAUAUCGCCAUCCACCUCAAAGUCGCCAUCGCACAUGAUGGCACCUGUAGAGCACAUCAAACUUACACGUAUAGUCUCUCUCGUUCUGAGGGACCUCUAUCCCAUCCGGCCCCCUUCUCUCGCUCUCCGAAUCGAACUGUCCGCGAAGUACACAAAAGAGCUCGACAUCUGGCGGGCCGCGCUGGGCCCUUUCCUCGACGCCGCCGGCAUCGAAUCAUCAUUGUUAAUCCCAAUUUACCAACGCCAACGCGGGGUGUUGAACCUUGCCUACUACCACGCCAUGCUGCUGAUCCACCGACCGUUCCUGUUGUCCAACUUUGCGAACUUGACGGGGAUAAGGAGCCAUCCGAGUUAUCAGGCGCCGGCGGAUACGAGUGCGAAUAUAGCAUCGUGCCUGGAUGCGGCGAUGAACAUUGUGCGGGUUGUGGAUGAUGUCUUCACAAGCUCGAACCUGUUCCGGGCGUUCUGGUUCACGCAGUACUACGCCUUCUGCGCCGUGGUCGUGCUGUACAUAUACCGAAUCCGGCAACACCUUCUGACCCCAGGGCAAUGCGAGGAGUACUUUGACGCGGGGCAAAAGUGUCAGAGACAGUUGGAGAGCAUCAGCGAGACUGACUGUUUGGCGCGGCGUUACUGUGUGGUGCUCGAGGAGCUCAGGUUGGAAGCGAUGAGGCAAACCAAUCAUCAGAAUCGUUCUGGCGGGAUCCCGAGGACGGCGCCGCUACCUGUGCCUGGCACUGCGGUUACGCAGCAGGACCAGGCCAGCUCGACAGUGCUACCACUCCCGGAGACGAGGCCGCAGAAUGGCGCGAGUCCGGACUUGACUGCAUCGUUCUACAACAAUGUGCCGCAGACGCCGGACAGUACCGUUUUCAACUCGAGCUACCUGCCGUCGAACAGUGUCAUGGCAGAUUUGACAAGCUGGGGCCAAUUCGACAGUCUAGUUACCGCAGGGAUAGGCAUUUUCGACGGCGGGUUUCAAGAUGACAAUUUUGGGCUCGGGUUCAAUCUGUAA